GAUACCUUUCGUCCCAAAAACUUGCGCCGUCCCCCCAUAUCUCGCCUAAAGUUAGAAAAAAGAGGGGACCGAUUCCCGAACAAAGACUAGUCAUGACAUCGGAGCAUCAACGUUGUGAUCUGCGGUCCCCUUUAUGCCUCUGCCGAAGCGACGACAUCCCGGUCCGUUCGUCGAGUGUGUGAUACCCUAGAUCUCGCGCGUCCGUCAAACAAUGAUAAACUGAGCGCGAUCCCGUCGCUCUUUCGUUCUCACGGGGUCUGUUGUGGGCAGAAUUCUUUGGACGACACCUCAGAUGAUCUUAUAGCACAUUCGCGAUGUGUUCAACAGCUCCGGCCAACAGCCUCUUCGGGGGCGCCUCCUUCUCCUUGCCUUAUCAUACCCUCGAUGGAGCUGUCAUCACCAGCAAGAUGGCUUCCUCCACUGUGGUGGUAACGGAAUCGGUGACUGAGAUCACAGAAGUGACGGAACCAACACAGGAAGUGGCUCAGUUAGGUUCAGCGCCGACAAUUUACCUCGAUGACAACGGCGACCUGAGACUCUCCAUCGGCGGCGACGUUGAAGACCACCCACAAGAUUUCGUCGUUUGCUCAAGGGCACUUGGUCGGAGCUCCCCUGUCCUCAAGGCCAUGUUAUUCGGUCGCUUUUUGGAGUCCCGCCCGCUAGAGGGUGCCGGAGAGUGGUCCGUCGAGCUGCCCGAGGACUCGCCAGAAGCAAUGGAAAUCGUACUAAACAUCGUUCACGGUCACUUCAACCUCGUUCCGGAAAAGCUACCAUUGAUGCGUCUCUACAACGUCCUCACAAUCACGGAGAAGUACGACAUGACCGUCAUCGUUCGCCCAUGGGCGCGCUCGUGGAUGCAGGGCGUCAAGCACCAGACCGACAAUGCGCACCUACUAUGCGUUGCGUGGGAGCUAGGAGACACCGAGGUCUUUGCGACCAUGUACAAGAAGAUUACCUACGAGUCAAUGAUUGACCUGCAAGGGAGGAUCGUAUUUGGACACUUGGCGCGCAUCUGGAAGCCCGGGCCAGAGGGAUACAACUUUCCUCUCGAAAAGAUUGUCUACCUUCGGCCCCCGGAAGUUUUUGAAACCAUCGCCAAGCACCGCCAGGCAUUAGUAUCGGCCUACUUGGACCACUUUGUCCUCCUUUACCGAUGUCUCAAAGACGGAUGCAGAUACAUGAAGGGUUACUACCACAGCUCACCAGACGCCGAGGAGUGCAACAGCAUGCUUCUCGGGUCACUGGUGAGGUGUCUCGCCAAGGGAAAGGUCGACAUUACCCUGCCGAGCCCUUGCGAAUCAUACAGAGGAAAUGUGGAGUCUUUGGAGAAGGCCAUUGGCGCCGUCAAGCUCUUGACUGUACAUAAGCCAUCUCCCGCAAACCAAUGUUUGAAGAGGAUAGAAGAGGAGCUGGCCAAGGGCGCAGUGGCCGCCGGCGUAACAAAAACGGAGUUGGUUGUUAUUCAACCGGAGCAUCGGGGAUAUCUGGAAAAGCAAGCUAAUAAGACUGGAGUUGUCAUAGCUGGAUAGAAAAGGUCGGCUGCAUCAUUGGUGUGAUAAUGAGAUUAUGGGAUAGGGAAUCUUGUUUCUGCGGUGCUUUUGGACGGGUGCAUGGUUUGGGAAAGGUUGCGUCUGGAGUUUUGUGCAGAGUUCCGGGAGAUUGUAUGAAAUCAUUCAGGGAGAUUAGAUUUUUGACCACAUCUCUUUUAAUUGCUCGC